UUUUCCUUGGGGAGCUUUGUGGUGAGCAGCUUUCUGACACUCCAUCAAUAGUGGACCAGAUUCUCAUGAGACUGGGCUAUGUAAAUACAUGGAUUUCCCAUUGGCUAGUUGGGCUCUGUGCUGGAAACAUAUAUUAAAAACAUCAGCUACUUACAAUUCAGUUUCUAGAUUAAUUAUUGAUUUUAACACCAGAAUAUGGUUCAGAUUUUUGCAUUAGGCCCAAUUUUAUUAUGUUUCAAAACAUAAUACUUGCCAAGAUUGCCCAAGCAUCUAAUCAACAUUAUUUCCUUCACAAUUUAAUUUCUAAAUGUUCUCGCCCUCCACCACACCCCAGCACAGCCACUGUUUACUUGAAUGCUCCAUAUCUAAAGCCCAUUUAUCUAUUGACAAUUGUCACCUCACUGUCUGCUGGGUUGCCAACAAUGAUUUGAUGUAUUCUUGGAGGGUCCAUCACAUGACUUGUCCUCAUGCUCCAGGCAUUGGUCAGUCAGCACAUUGAUCCUUGUGAUGUACAACCUCCCUACACCAAUUGAAGCAAAGAGACUCAUUAUCCAAUUACUGUCAGUCUUACAGCUUUUCUUUCUGUUUUCAAUAUUUUUAUACCUGGUAAACAGAGCUGUUCCAAGAACAUUACAAGAAAAGCCCCUAUCUUUUUUAAUGCUGUUGUGAUUUUCUCCACUCCCCCUUCCAGAAUUGCACACUGCAGUGUAUUAGAGAUUGAUCUUCAACUUCUGGAGAUUCCACCCUAAUCCUGGAGCAGUGGCAACUCAAUAUGGCCCUUUUAGCUUGUGUUGCAUUUCUACAUCUUUAUCACUGCCAAAGCGGUCUCUUGAAUUCUCAAGUCUUUUCUGUCCCUUUUUAGUCAACUAACAGCUUCGAAUUGAAAAGGCCCAUGACCUGAACAUGGCACCCAUAUCUAGGAUACUCCUCAUCCCAAUCUGGAAUGUGAAAUGAGAAACCGGUGUUCCCAAGUUCAUCUCCAUGUACUAUUCACUUGUUGCAAUUUUGUCAACAUCUGCUUCUUUUAAAGUUUUGACCUUAUAUUGCAAGUAAUCUUUUUUCCUCUUCUCGAGUCUUGAUUUUUCUUUAAAUCCAUCUCUGGUUGUCAUUCUUUUCCAAAACCCUCAAAGUGGCAUAACUCCUUACUUCCAUCCUCUUGCCUUCCAUUUAUAUUUCUAGAUACUUCCAGAUAUUUUCUUAACUUGUUCAGCAUGUUAUUACACACCUUUGAAGCAGGUAGGAUGUGAAGCCAGUCCUCUUGGCUCAGGGAUAGGGAUACUACUGUGGCUCAGGGAUAGGGAUACUACUGUGGCUCCACAAGUCCUUCCCCCAUCAAUAAUUGUAAAACAAGAUCCGGAUCCACAACAUUCCACAGCUGUCAGUUUUCUUGUGUUAUGCUGGAAAUUCUCUCCUAUUUGGCAUGAGCUAAGAGGACAGGAAGAGAAACGAGCUUGGCCACCUUGUUUGUGUUACUUUCCAUUCCAGAUCCUGGAUCAGUACUGCUGUUCCCUGACCAUCCCGCCAGCAUUGCUGUGUAGAAAGAAUUGAAUGUUGUAACCCCAAAUUAAUUUGGAAAAAAAAUAGAGUUUCAUCAAAUAGUUGCAAGAAGGAUAUUCUCUAAUGUCAUCAUGUGCAUUAAGAUCAAUCUGGAAACACAGUGCCCAGCAAAAGAAAUGAGUGCUUAGACAUGUAGUUAAACACCACCACCCUCCCCACUCCACAGUUCAGUCAAACACUAUUGAAUAAACAUGUAUUAUAGAAUUCCUACAGUACAGUUAGAGGCCUAUUGGGCUUAUUGGGUCUGUAUUGACCCUCCAAAGGGCAUCCCACCCAGAACCCUCCCCAGUGCCCCACCGUAUCCCCAUAACCCCAGACUUCCCAUGGCUGACCCACCUAACCUACAAAUCCCUGGACAUUACAGGGCAAUUUGGUAUGGCCAAUCCACCUAACCUGCACAUAGUUGGACUAUGGAAAGAAACCAGAAUACCCAGAAGAAGCCUCCACACAGACAUUAGUUUUAAUGUAAAAACUGUUGUUACGGCUCUGUAAGAUCAUCCUCAUUAGAAAGAAAAUUCAUGGAACUAGUAUGUGGUGUAAGUUGAGUAUGCUGUAAAUUGCUAAAUUCCUAGUUUAGUAAAUUUGGUAACUUUUAAAAUAACUUUUUAGAAUACAGAAGAAAUAUAAUAACUUUCUACUUACAGCAUCUCCUGUACACAGUUUAUCCUGUUUUCCGAAACUCCUCUAUGCCACAGCUUUGGUCCUCUUGAUUUCAGUGGACCUUUCCACUCACUGAUUCUCUAUUUGCAGCCCAUCCCCAACUCACAUACUGUUUGCCAAUCCUACGACUUGCCAUCCCUGCCACUUUUUUACUUAUCCUUUCACCAAUUCUUCCUCUUGCUGGACUUCCUGCUACAUGACUCUUUCGAUCACUGCUCUACUGAAUCCUCUUUCUGAGCAAGGACCGUGGAUUGAGCAACAGGCAGGAGCAGCAGCUUCAUUUUGACUCUUUAAACCGAGAAUACAGGCCCCAUUAAUUGACAGACUUUAAAGAGAAACAAUGUUAGACUUUAAAUGAGGCAUUACUGCAUCUUAUUUUAUAUCCCUUAGUUUUGGUGCCAGUAAACUCAUGUCGAAUUAGAUUUCAAUGUGCAUAGUGUUAAGCUGUGAUCACAUGUUGUGAUGAAUCAAUUUAGUUGAAUUUGUGCAGCAUGUUAGUCAGGAAACGAAGUGGCCCCUUCCACUGCAGUAAGGUAAACUUCAUUGUUGAGCAGAGUUAAUUACUUGAAAUUUGAUGAUAAUUUGCCUCGGUAAACAGGGUGAAUCUAAGUUUGUAUCUCGGCAGUGCCCCUCUCAACCCUCUUUCAGCAAACAGCUUAGAGGGUUGUGUAGCAAUGGUAGCAUCCCUACCUCUGAGCCCGACAGUCCAGGUUCAAGUCCCAUGUGCCCUGGAGUGUGUCAGAAAAGUUGAUUUAAAAGAACAUACCCAACAAUUGGCUUGCCUCAUUGAGAGUUUGUCAGAAUAGUUGUCUAUUUGUAUUUGUUAGCUUGAGAAGAAUCAAAGCUUGUCACAUCGGUAAAACUCGUAGUUUAUUCCAGAAUUGUCAAGGAUUUUAAACUUUCACUGGGGAGUAAAUAAUUUUGCCUGGAAGAGAGAAGAGAAGAAGGAUAGAAUUACCAUGAUUCUGGUCCACUAAAGAAUCUGGCUGUCUUAUAUCAUCUUUAUUUCUUAUGCAAAUUUACUUUGCUGCUGUGGUUACAAGUGAUUUUGUUUUAGCAAUUAUGCUGCUAGUCUUAAAUCUUUCACUGGCUUUUCGUGCCAACAGUUCAUUCCCCAAUGAUCUUUUGAGGGUCUUGUCUUUUGUCAACUUGCUCUUUUUGGCUCUUGCUGUCUGUUCCCCAUUGUUCUGGUGCUGGCCCAACCUGGCUGAGAUGCAAAUCCUCAUCAUUAUCAACAUGAUUAAUUUUCACAGAUGGCAGAGCUGGACCUAAACAAAUCGAGUGGUGAAAUGGGCAAAGCUUCCUCGGACAAAGAGACUGUUUUGUUUGGACAGGAAGGUUUCAAAAAUAACAGCAAGCAUUUAGAAGCAGAACAGAAAGCCCUUAAGCCAAAUGAGAACACCCAUAAUGCUCCUGUAUCUUGCAAUGAUCAGAGAGUGUGGCACAAAUGUGAGGGUGAUUUUGUGCAAGCCAGGUUAAGUGAAAUGAGCAUUUCUUCUAGCUCUGAGCAAAUCGCGCAGAACACUUCAGUGGGACUUCAUUCUGAGACAAAUGUGAACCAUCCAAACAAUAAUGCAUUUCUGAUGCAAAUCGGUGACAGAAGUCACAUGGGCUGCGACCAAAACAUCGUCACCAACGUCCAAGCUAAAUUUGCUCCUUCAUCUACAAUUCCAGAAUUUCAGGGUCUACGUCGUCAAGUCACAGUGCAAGACUUGGUUGAAGCUGAACUCCUGAAUAAAAAUGUUGCUGAGCAGCUUGAGAAAGGAGUCAAGACCGUUUCUCAAGUUCAAAAUUCCCUUGGCAAGUAUCUGAACAAAAUUAAUUCAAUUGCUGGCUUGUACUUAGAAGCCAGCAAACAGAAAAUGUCCUUCUAUGAGGCAGCAAGAGCAGGGGUCAUUGAAUCCUCUGUAGCCCUUGAGUUUUUGGAAGCGCAAGCUGCAACGGGCUAUAUUGUCCACACACAGUCCAAUGGAAAGUACUCUGUUCAAGAGGCUAUUGAGAAAGGACUCAUUCCUCGAGAGUUCAAGGAAAGACUGCUUGAAGCAGAGAAAGGCGUCACAGGGUAUUUCCAUCAUGGCAAGAUCCUGUCUGUUUUCCAAGCCAUGGAGAACAAGCUGCUUCCAAGUCAAACUGGAAGAAGGCUGCUCGAAGUUCAGAUUGCAACUGGAGGAAUUAUCGACCCAGUGCGGAGUGUUAGAUUACCAUUGGAGACUGCAUGCAAGCAAGGUCUCCUCAACCAUGACACUACCCAAAACCUGCACAAGAUGCUUGACAACAUGAAAGGCUUUCAGAAUCCAAACAACAUCAAACAAGCUAUGCAUUACGCAGAAUUGAUGAAAUUGUGUGUGGUAGAUUUAGAAGGGAAUUAUCUGCUCCUCCCCUUUGGGACUCGCAAGAUAUCCACUCCCUCACCUGCAAAGCCUAACAGUAUUUCAGUGGUUGAUACCAGCACAAAGUCAGAAAUAACUUUAUAUGAUGCAUUUCUGAAGUACUACAUUGAGAAGCAGACCUACCUUGAACUUUCAGCACUGCAGUCCCUGUGGAGGGAGACCAUUGAUAAAUGGCAGGGCAGUAGCGAAUAUUUUCUUACUGACAGUAACUCCGGAAGGCAGUUCAGCCUCAAUGAUGCUUUAACACAGGGUAUCAUCAGCCAGACAGAACUUAAUAAAUACCGAGAUGGCCACAUCACAGUGAUUGAGCUGGCUGAUACAUUGAUGAGCAGAGCCUCUGUAGCCUCCAAUCCGAAUAGUCCGAUUGCAGGAAUUUGGGAUCCUAAUAGAUGUAGAAGAAUUUCUGUCUUGAAAGCUAUGCGUCAGAAUUUAGUGGAGAGGCUAACAGCCACUCGAUUGCUUGAGGCACAGGCUUGUACUGGUGGAAUAACUGAUCCAGCAACUGGGAAGAAAUUCUCCAUUUCAGAAGCAUUGCAGAGAGAUUUAGUUGACAGCGAAAUUGCUGCCAGCAUCCAAAAAUCUCAGCAAGCUUACCGAGGUUUCCUUCAGCCUGGGACACAGGCGACCAUAUCAACUGCAGAAGCUCUGCGCGAGAACCUCUUGGGCCAUGACAUCGGUCACCGAUUCCUUGAGCUACAAUAUUUGACCGGCGGGUUGGUGGAUCCAAACCUUCCAGGAAGAAUGUCCUUGGACGAUGCUUUGAGAAGGCACCUUAUUGAUGACUGGACUGCUCAGAGAUUGACAGAUGAAAAGAUGCAUGCCAGGAACUUGGUUUGUCCCAAAACCAAACAGAGGAUCUCAUACAAAGAGGCUUUGGCUAGAGCCAUAUUUGACUGCCACACAGGUUUGAGACUGCUGGAAGCAGCUGAACAUCCCAACACUUCCACUUAACUACAUGCCAUUUUGUUCCCCAUCUCUUUAGCCACACACUUUCUCUGCUCAUGUAUACACUAUAGCAGUCAUAUGUAGAGCUUUGGUUGUGUUAGUACAUGAACAUUUUAAAUCCCAGCCUUUAUAGGCUUAUUAAAAUUUACCUUGCUUGAACACUUGGCAAUCCUCCAGUAGCUUUUCCCACUGGGCAUUCUUCACAAGCUGGUCUAACAUUUCAGUGUCAUUAUGUGGUUUGACUUUGGGAGUGUCAUAAUUAGGCUUGAUCUGGAAAUCACAAGAUUAAAUUCAGCCACAUGUACUCCGACAGUUGUUUUCUCCCUGUCCUUCAAGCCUUGAGUUGCUGAGCCUGAUUCCCAUACUCCCCCCACCUUGCCAGCUGAGAUCUAUUAACUUAAAAUAGACAUAAUUUGACCCUGAGAACCUUCUAGACAACUUGGAAUAUUCCAGUAAAUGAACUGAAUUGUUGUGACAUAGAACCUACUUUUAUGUCACUUUUCUUCCUCCCCUUUCAUCAUUGUCUUUUUACUUUGCCAUUACAAACCAAAUUUGAAACGUUAGCUUGCUCUACGUGGAUGUUGCCUGACUCGCUGUGAUCUCCAGCAUUUGUUGUUUUCGGUACAGAUUCCAGCAUCUGCAGUAAUUUGUUCCUGCAAUCCAAAUUCUGUUUGCUUCUCUCUUAGUUGAUCAGAAUGGAUACAAAUGAGAGCUGUUGAGUGAUUUACAUUUAAAUCUGUGUGAAAUCCUGGUCAGAACCUCAGAAGAGCGCCAACAGCACGAGUUUGGACCUAUGAUUAGAUUCUAGAUCUGAUCCUAAUCCAAUGCCACAGUGAAAGAUGUCCUUAAUGUGACAAAAAGAUUUAAUUUCCACAAGAGUGUGCAGAGAUUAUUCCUACUGAUAUGAUAUGGAUAGAUAUGUGGCAGGUGCAUUGGUGAGAGUGAGGACAAGUUAGUUAUCCUCUCAUGUUGGUCACUUUCUGCCGCUUUGUGUGUUUGAGAUCCAUAACGUGACUGGUUUCCCCCAGUUGCCACAAAUAAUGCUUUGCCAUUCUGUCUUCUAACACUCUGCGCAUUUGAUGCUUCAACAUCUUAAAAAGCACGAUUGUCCAUUUUUUGAAAUUCAUUCAGUCUUUGUUGUGCACCGAUUGUUCUUUGGAAGUGUUGCUGAGCCACCUUCUUGAAAACUGUCGCCAAUGUGAAGGGGAAAGGUGAAGGGCAAGGUACAUCCACAGUACUGUCUCAUUGCCCUGUAGUGCUCAAGAUUUUGAGGGGUUUUGACCAUACAUGAGGAGAAACCGCACUGGUCAGUAACCAGGGGAUAAAGGUUUAAGAUGUGUAAUUGGUGUAAUAGCCAGGAGGCUUCGAGGAACUUCAUGCGAUGCAUUAUGUUCUGGGAUGCAUUCUCUGAGGGCAAUGGAAGCAGAUUUAGUUGUAACCUUCAGGAGGGUAUUGAAUAAACAUGUAAUAGUGAAACAUUUGAAGGAUUAUGAAGUGAGUGGGGUGAAUCUGAUAGCUCUUUAAAUGAUCUGCCAUAGGCAUGAUGGGCUAAAUGGUCUCCUUCUGUACUGCAAGAUUCCAUGAAUUAUUGUGAUCACUAGAAUGAAUGAAAUAAGGAGAAUUGGGCUAUUUUAGCUCAUAAAGCUCUCUUUUUGCCUUCAAAAUUUUGCUCAUGAACCUUGCACUUUUAAUGUUCUUGUGAAUAGAUACACUAAAAUUGCACGAUAAUGCUCAAAAUGGGAUUCAGAAAUAACUGUAAAAUGUAAGUUACUUCAUUAGGUUUUUCUGCAAAGUUAGUUGGCUCCCAGGUAUGAUAACCGCCUAUUCCUUGCCAAAUUUAGCCAGCAUCCUGCUAUCAAAGGAGCCCUGCCAAAUUGCUGCAAUACAUCAUCUGUAGAGAUGGUGCACAUUGCUACCACCACAUGCUGGUGGUAGAGAGAGUGAAUGCUUGAUGUGAGGUGCCAGUUAAGUGGGCUGAUAUGUGAAACUUCUCAAAUGUUGGCUGAACUCUUCCAGGCAAGUGGGGGACACUCCAUCCCAAACCUAAAUUGUGCCUUGUAGAUAGUAGACACCUGUAGAUGGGGUUGAGGGGUGUUGCAGGGAAUUUAUUUUUGAUCACAGGAUAUAGAUGGCAUUGGCUGGGCUAGCAUUUCUUGCUCAUUUCUAAUUGUCCUCAAGUAGGUAGCGGUGACUUGUCUCCUUGAACAAUUGCGGUCCAUAUCAGUUAGAAGCUUAGUUAUCUGCAGUAGGAUUUCUAGUCUCUGACAUGCUUUUAUAGUCACAGUAUUUAUAUAUGAAUCCUGUUCUCUUUCUGGUCAAUAAUGACUCUCUCAGAUCAUUGAUAUUGUGGUAAUAAGCGAUGGUUAUAAUGCUGAAUGUUGAGGGAUGAUUGUUAGAUUCUCUCGUAGGGACAGUCAGUAUCUGUCACUUACUUUACAUGAAUGUUACGUGCCAGCCUCAAGCCUGAAAGUUGUCCACAUCUUGCUGUAUAUGGAUAUGGACUGCUUCAGUGUCUGAGGAAUAGCGAAUGAUUCUGAACUUUGUGCAAUCAUUGUUGAGCAUGUCCUAUAUCUAAUCUUAUGAUGGUGAAGAAAGGCCAUUGAUAAAGCAGCUGAAGAUGGUUGGGCCUUGGAAGCUACCCUGACGAAUUUCUGCAGAGGUGCCCUGGUGCUAAGAUGAAUGGCCUCCAAUAUCAUAGUUAUAUUCCUUUGCAUUAGAUGUGGUUCCAAGACGUGGAGACUUCCCCCAUUCCCAAAUUUUGCCUCUUCCUGUGCUUAUCAUUUUACAAAUAUACCAUAUGUCUGUAAUGGAAUGUAUUAAAACAUGCUACAGGGCAUGAACUUAAUAAACUUUACCAGUCAUCUUGA